AAAUGGCAGCCCCCACACCGCGGGGUUUGUAUUGUUUAUCCAAAGCCUUAGGAUGGUGGUCUCGGCAGCCUGUCCUGGUGACUCAGUCCACAGUUGUAGUUCCAGUGAGAACUAAAAAACGUUUCACACCUCCUACUUAUGAACCCAAAUACAAAUCAGAAAUGGAGUUCAUGGAAUAUGCCCGGAAAGCAGGACUGGUCAUUCCUCCAGAACGUUUGGAGUGUCCACUACAUCUGGCCUGUACAGCUGGUAUCUUUGAUGCCUAUGUUCCUCCAGAGGGUGAUGCUCGCUUGUCAUCUCUUGCAAAGGAAGGACUGGCACAGAGAAGUGAACAACUGAAGAAGAAGGUGGCAUCACAAUUGUCAAUCAGGAAGAUAAGAGAACAUGAUCCUAAUUUUAAAAAAAAGGACUUCCCCGAAAAAGCUAAGGAUAUUUUUAUUGAAGCUCACCUUUGUCUAAACAACUCAGACCAUGACCGGCUUCAUACCUUGGUAACUGAAAACGGUUUUCCGGACAUGGUCUGGGACAUCAAGUAUAAGACGGUCCGCUGGAGCUUCGUAGAAUCUUUAGAGCCACCCCAGGUGGUUCAGGUUCGCUGUUUGAAUCUGCUGAACCAGGGCAACAUAUACGGCCAGGUCACUGUCCGCAUGCACAUCCGACAGACUCUGGCCAUCUAUGACCGGUUUGGCCGGCUAAUGUAUGGACAGGAAGAUGUGCCCAGGGAUGUCCUGGAGUAUGUUGUGUUUGAAAAGCACCUGGUAAAUCCCUAUGGGAGCUGGAGAAUGCAUGGCAAGAUCACCCCUCCAUGGGCACCCCAUAAGCAGCCCAUCCUUAAGACGGUGAUGAUCCCUGGGCCCCAGCUGAAACCCUGGGAAGACUAUGAAGAGCCACAAGGAGAGGCCCAUAAACUUUAGCUAUCCUGGUGGCAUAAAUGACUCCUUGGAUGUGAAGCAUGGUGAUGAGGUGGCUGGAUGCUGUGGAGUCUGGAAGCUGUGAAGUCAGUCAUCUCUCCAUCAUGCUGUAGAAGCAUCUAUG